AUGAAAGAGCUAGGUUUGGAUCUGGAGGAAGAAGUUCUUCUUCGACUGCCGCUGAAAUCCAUCCUCAAAUUCAAAAGCGUCUCAAAACAGUGGAGAUCAUUACUUGAGUCGAGGAGCUUCUCGGAGAGGAGGCGUUUCACUAUCCAAAAAAAUCAAAAGAAGAUGCAAUUCGUGUCCGCUGGCGCUUUGCUCUUAAACUAUCCAAAAGGUUCCUUAGUGGACGACGACGAAGAGGUCGAGAUGAUCUAUCUAAACUGUGAUUUCCCCAACGUGCUAACGCCGAAGGAGGUUGAAGGGCCCUAUAUCGACAGUGAUUUUUCCAGACGACCGUCGCUGUCCUGUAACGGUCUGGUUUGCAUGCCCGUGCCAGGCUGGAUCAUGAAUCCUUCCACCGGAGAGUUCCUCAGAUUCCCUUCCGGCAGAGAUCCAAAGAUGACCGACAUCAUCGGCGAUGUAUCCAGUAAGUCUAAAAUUUGAAAAUUGACUAAUAUCAAAGUAAUUAUUAUAUAUAUGUAUUGAAA